GAGCAAAGUAAAAGCGAUAAGUAACCGGCAGCGAAGCUUCCUCCUACUCUCACUCACUGAGAAAUCACCGCAGCUAUGUCGGGGCGAUCUGUCAGAGCAGAAACAAGAAGUCGGGCGAAGGAUGACAUCAAACGGGUGAUGGCCGCCAUCGAAAAAGUACGGAAAUGGGAGAAAAAAUGGGUAACUGUUGGAGAUACAUCUCUCAGGAUCUACAAAUGGGUGCCUGUCACAGAGCCCAAAGUGGAUGAUAUUGAUUUGAAAGUGACAGAUGAGAACUCUGGACUCCUGAGGCGGCCAAAACCCAAUGCAAAAAAAACGAAGAACAAGAAGAAGACUAAAGAUGACAAAUGUGGCUCAGAACUUACUACACCAGAAAACAGCUCAUCUCCAGGAAUGAUGGAUAUGAAUGAUGAUAAUAGCAAUCAGAGUUCCAUAGCUGAUGCCUCACCUGUAAAGCAAGAAAACAGUAGUACUUGCAGCCCUGCACCUGACCAAAAUGUAUCUGCACAACCUGAAGGAAGUGAAGUAAAACUGGAAGAAAGUCAUUCAAAUGCCAGUGAACAGCAAGAUUCUGAAGUUUCUUCAGGACAGAAUUCGCAUUCGUCAAUAGAAAGCUCAUUAAACAGUUCAGAAAAGGCAGAAACGCAAACUUCUGGUGAUAAAGAAAUAACUGUGGAGGCAUCAAAAAACUCUCAGGAUUCCGAUGAUGGAACCCCACCAUGCAAAAAAGUGAAAGGAGACAGUUCUCAGCCAAAUAAUGAUGGGAUUUAGAUUAUCCUUCUCGUUUAUCUAUUUCUUUUAUUUGGGUCAGUUUACUGUAAGGUACAUCGGUUAUCUUUACAAUAGGACAGCCUUACUUAAAGCAUCUUUGGAUGAGAAUAGAACUUUUACAAUUUCAGCCUACAAAGCAAAAUCUGACAAUGCCUGGAAAGGAGGCCAGGGCUUCAGAGAAACUGAAAUCUUUUCUGUGAGCACAGAGAAACCUGUGACAGUCUUUGAAGUGGUUGAUGUUAACACUCAGGAGGGUCUACGCACUGUUUCUAUAGUCAAUUUUACAUUUGUGUUGCUGCUGUAUAUAAAUAUAUAUAAUAUUUUUUCCAUUUCUCUAUUUAACAUUUGAAAUAUUUAAAAAAGGUACUGGUUUGGUUUUAGCCCCAUUUGAUAUUUCCAUCUCCCCGCUUCUGUUUUUGUGCCUUGUAAUCCAGGAACCAACUGCAAACAGACCUACUCUUAGUGCCAUGCGAAUGAGACAUUCGGUUUUAUGUCAACGAUACACAUUUAAAAAGCCAUUUUCACGUGUGGAUUAGCACAGUUACUUUGUCUCCAAGGUUAAGUGUGGUUGCCUUUAUUUUAGGUUUUUAAACAUUCCAAAACCCUCAUCUGAAACUGUUUGAACUGUAAACAUUACAUUGCAUAUAGUGGACUGUUGGUAGAGUUACUUCUAACAUUUUUUCAAAUCCAGGCAGCUAAGACAACAUUUACAUUUGCAAUGCAGGUUUGUUACUUUAAGAAUAAUUUGAGGUUGCGCCCCCCCCCUCCUCCCCUUCAGCAACAUAGUUAAGUAGUAUCAAGUUUGUAAUAAACUGUUAUUUUUUCUUGUAA